GCUCGCCAACACGAAAUAAAAAAGUAAACAUGGAGUUUGCCAUGGUGGGUGCCGACGGUAGCGGGUGCAACAGUCACCUUCCGUACAACUAUGCUGCCCAGCAGCGCGCCAGGGAGCGGGAGCGCGAAAAGGAGCGACAGUCGCGAGUGGCUGCGGCUGCCGAGUCCGGGGGUGCGGGAGGGGGGACAGGAGCAGGGGCAGAGGGAGGGUGCCAAGCGGGCAGCCAGCAGCAGCAACAGCAGCUACAGCAUCAGUCUCGCACCGCCUCCUCUACGAAUGCCAACAACAGUAGCGGUGGGAACUCCUCCUCCUCCACCUCCUCCUACUCCUCCUCCUCUUACUCACAACAGCCGCAACAGCAGCACCACGAGUCACAACAGCAACUUCUCAGAGAGCGGAAAAAGAGACAGCGCGGCGGAGUCGCACGCUGGCGGAGAAACCGGGCGGCUCUCGGCGGAGACCUGCGCCACUCGGAGCUGGCGCUGCUCGGUUCGGAGGAGGACAUUAUGAUAGAGGAGGAGGCGGAAGGAGAAGAGGAAGAGGAGGACAGCAGGGCACACAGGAGAAAACACAGCUUCGUUUAUAACAUGGAUGAAGAGGAGACCAUUUCGCUGACUGACAGGCGUCCCCAGUCGGGAUACGACAGUGUUUACAGUGAGUAUGGCUGCUGCGAGAGAGUGGUGAUCAAUGUCUCGGGGCUGAAGUUUGAAACCCAGAUGAAGACUCUCGCUCAGUUCCCGGACACCCUCCUGGGAGACCCCGACAAGCGAAUCAGGUAUUUCGACCCUCUCAGAAACGAGUACUUUUUUGAUAGGAACCGACCAAGCUUCGAUGCCAUUCUUUAUUUUUACCAAUCAGGGGGUCGGUUAAAGAGACCCGCCAAUGUUCCCUUUGACAUAUUUUCCGAGGAAGUUAAGUUCUAUGAACUAGGAGAGGAGGCAAUGUUGAAGUUUCGGGAGGACGAGGGCUUUGUGAAGGAGGAGGAAAAACCCUUGCCCGAGGACGAAUUCAAACGUCAAAUUUGGCUUUUGUUUGAGUAUCCCGAGAGCUCCAGUCCAGCCAGGGGCAUUGCUGUGGUCUCGGUUUUGGUCAUCGUCAUAUCUAUAGUUAUAUUCUGCUUAGAAACAUUGCCAGAGUUCAGGGACGAUAAAGAAUUUCACACUCCAGGUACUAACUCGACAUACAAUGACGGAUUUACUCCCUUCAACGACCCCUUUUUCAUCGUGGAAACGGUAUGCAUCAUUUGGUUUUCCUUCGAGAUAAUCGUGCGCUUUUUCGCCAGUCCAAGUAAACCUGCGUUCUUCAGCAACAUCAUGAACUCCAUCGACAUAGUUUCCAUCCUGCCUUACUUCAUCACGCUCGGCACCGACCUGGCUCAACAACAACAAGGCAACAACGGAAAGGAGGCCAUGAGUUUCGCCAUCCUGAGAAUAAUAAGACUGGUGAGAGUUUUUCGCAUCUUCAAGCUUUCACGACACUCCAAGGGACUCCAAAUCCUGGGGCACACGCUGCGGGCGAGCAUGCGAGAGCUGGCCCUGCUGAUUUUCUUCCUCGUCAUCGGCGUCAUCCUCUUCUCCAGCGCGGUGUACUUCGCGGAGGCAGACGAGCCCACGUCGCAGUUCACCAGCAUACCCGACGCUUUCUGGUGGGCGGUCGUUACCAUGACAACGGUGGGCUACGGAGACAUGAAGCCCAUCACGGUCGGCGGCAAGAUAGUGGGCUCGCUGUGCGCCAUCGCGGGCGUCUUAACCAUAGCCCUGCCGGUCCCCGUCAUCGUGUCCAAUUUCAACUACUUCUACCACAGAGAGACGGACAACCAGGACGACACACCUGUUGUGGAUCAGCCGCCGCCCGGCUGUCCAUACUUCCCGGACAUAUUUAGGAAAUUUAGGGCAUCCGCGUCGGGCUCGUCGCUUGGGGACAAGGCGGCAGAGUACAUGGAAAUGGAGGAGGGAGUGACAGAGUCUCUGUGUGGAUUGGACAAAAGCCCCAGUAAAGGCAACGGCACAGACAUAAGUCGAAAAAACAGUUCCACAUCGAGGACACUACAAACAGACGUGUGACCAUAAUUUAACAUGCAAAAAUAAUGACAAAAACACAUUUUCUCUUAUAGAUGUCAUGGAGAGGAUUGCACAACAAAUAUUUUCUUUCCGAAUAGCAGCACACAUGCACUCUAGCGUGCGCACGGGGUGUUCCUGAGCGUCACGCGGUCAGCUCCCAGCAAAACAUCCACAGUCCACACACACACACACACACACACACACACACACACACACACACACACACACACACACACACACACACACACACACACACACACACACACACACACACAUUUAGAAUAUAAAAUACACGUGGCUACGUCGUAGACAAGAAACAACACAAGGCUACACAAAAUCACCAGCUUUCUGUUACUUGGAGAGGUAUAAACCAUAUGUGGAGACGUUCAAGUCGGACUGACAGAAUUGUAGUAAUUUACUUAGGCCUAUUUCACCUGGGAGUAAGGAACACAAGUACUAUUUUGCAUAGGCACUUUAUGGUUUGAUAGGAAUAGGGAAGCAAUCUUCUAGUCCUGCUCUUUAUGCAAUAAAUUAUAAAUAGUUUGCACUACCAUGAUCAACACGUACUGGCUGCGUUCCAUGGCGCGCGGAGGGACUAAAUGGCAGGGAGGCGUUGGAGGGUUAGAGGGUCGUUUCAGUUGUGUCAUGUCGUUUGAAAUGAGUUUUUCCAAGUGGUGAAACGGUGACAGUGAUUCUCCUGUGGCUUUAAGUUGGGUUGAGUCAACCUCUUAUAUGGGAUGUGUGGUAGAUAUGACCGUGUUUAGAAGUUUUUAAAACAGUAGACGUGUCGGCAUUGACAGUUUAUUUGUGUUUCUCACGUGUUCCAGGGAUCUAUCUAAUGUCAUGUCAUGAACCCAAAUCUUAUACAAGCAGAGAACACUCUUUUUUAAAAAUAUAAUAAAACGCCUGCCUUCAAGCUGCUAAAAAUGGAUGAGCUCACUCCAGCAAGUUGCUUCUUAGUUCAAUUCAGCGUCGACAGACACCCAUAAAUCUCAUAGCCCAUCUCCACCUGAGAAAUGAUGCAUAUUUAUGUUUGACCUAAAGCUUGGUUCCACUCUUGCAAAAUACAGUAGAUACAAUAUCAGAACACUGCACCUUCCUGUCCAGCAACGAUGGGUCUGCUGACCACAGCACGAAAUGUCACGGAGUAUGAAAUGUCACUAUUGCCCACGAUCAGCCGACAUACCAACAACAAACACCUGUCAAAGUCAAGGACAGCAUGUGUUGGUUUUGCUUUGUUAGAGCGAAGUAACGCGAAAGGGAUUUCUGUACCCGGGAAUACCACCCGUGGUGUUCAGCAGUAGCAAGAGAUUUGUUUCUACGAGAUUGAAAUAUAUCCGUCCCUUUAAAAAAAAAAAAGACAAAUGACAUUGCAUCCCUUUAUAAGAACUCUGACGGAGACAGCAAACUGGCAAGUUUUUUUGGAAACGUUUUGGCGAUACAGUGAACAAUUCCCCGCUCAUUCCCGUGGACUUCCCUCUCAGCGAGGAAAGAGGACGCAUGGACAUCUGGCGAGCGCAGACCGUGCAGCAAUAACCAGACUGGACAAAAAGUGCACGUGGCCGGCUGUCUACGGGAGUGUCUCGCCACCAACGCGUCCUACGAGGGGUCCUGCAAAGUCUAAAACAGUGAUCCCGGUGGUGUCUGUCCUGCGUUCUAACAUCCCAAAGAGGUCCUUUGAAGGGUUCUGCAGAAGGCUGCCAAAGCUGUUCCUGUUUCUGACGUAAAGAGAAAGAAAUGGUGCUUUCAUCUGCUCUGGGAAUUAUGGUAAAUACCAAACUCCGACAUGGGAAGGACACUUGAAUG